AUGACCACGGCGACCAGCAUCACUGCAGCAGCAACAGCAGCCAAUGGCGCAGCUAUCGUCAAUGGUAACAGCAGCAGCUUCAUUGUGUCACUCAACCAGAGGUUGAAUGGCGCCAGGCAGUGGUGGAACGGAAACGGCGGUGCUCCAACGACCAAUGGCGAUGCCAUCAUCAAGAAGCCAAAAAAUGUGGAGCUUUUUUGGCGCAACCUCUCUUACGAUGUGGCCCGUUUUCGGUGGGCUAACUACGUACGAGCGCCUUGUUCAGUGGCAGCUGGCUACGAGAAUCGCCGUCUGCUUGACAGUAUCAGCGGCAGCAUCCGCAGUGGCGAGCUGAUCGCCAUCAUGGGCCCAAGUGGAGCCGGAAAAACCACCUUGAUUGAGUGCAUUUCAGGCCGGAGAAAGAUUGGCGUCAGUGGGCAGAUUGUUGUCUCUGGUGGAGGAAAGCGAACCAAACUGGCGUAUAAUGCUCAGGACGACUCACUGAUGCCCUGUCUCACCGUUUACGAAACUCUUCUUUUUGCUUCUCAGUUGCGCAAUUACCAGCGCAAUAAUCGACUCAAAGUGAAGCUAGUGGAUGACAAUGAUAACGUCUACAAUGCAACUACUUAUCCCGACUCGGAUCUGAUCAUUAGUCUCACUGAUGAGGCGUAUCACCGCAAUCUGGUCAACUCUAUUAUCCAGAAGUUAGGCCUAGAGUCCUGUAAACACGUACGAGCCGAAAACUGCUCUGGAGGCCAGCAAAAACGCCUUUCCAUUGCACUCGAACUGAUUCACUCUCCGACUAUACUCAUCUUGGACGAACCAACCAGCGGCCUGGAUUCAGUUUCCUGUCACCAGUGCGUCAAACUGCUGCGUGAUCUGGCGCACAAUCCGGAGCAGCCGAUGGCCAUUGCCGCGUCAAUUCACCAGCCGACAGCACGCAUUCUGCAAAACUUUGAUCGUAUCUACGUUAUUGCCGUCAACGGACAGUGCAUCUACGACGGACCCACUGACCAGUUGGUCGCCUAUCUCUCUCGUUUCAACCUCACCUGUCCAACCUACCACAAUCCAGCCGACUUUGUAGUGGAAAUCGCCAGCAAUGAUUACGGCACUGAGGUGACCAAGAAGCUGGUGCAGGUACAGCGAGUCAAACACCAGCAGAACGGCUAUAGCAAUGAGAGCGACUCAGUGUUGGUGAUCAAUAACAAUAACAACAACGACGUCUCAAACGCGCCUCCAAAAUAUGCUCAGCUGGCCAUUGAGGCUGUCAAAGAAACAAGUUUUGUCAAAGGAGAUGAUGAUGAAAAAUGUGUCGAUGAAGAUGAUGAGCUGGUUCGGAAAAAUGAAAACGAGGAACUGGCUCGUUUAUGGCCAAGCGAAACAACUUCAGACAUUGUUUCUAUUGGAAAGAUUUGUCGAAGGUCUCGUAAACAAGUAAAACGACGGGAGUUGUACAAAACGUGGAUUCUCUGGACUCGCUGCCUUCGCUUAUCAUCUCGCGAUCCAACUGAAUACUUUAUGCGCGCCUUUGCCUGUGUGGCCAUAAUCUUUCUCAACAUAAUCCUCUACUACGACAGCCAUAUUGGCUCUGCUGAUGGCUGUUCGCAAGACUCGCUGCUUCAUUUAAUGGAGAAUCUCAAAUCAGACUAUAAUUCCAAUAAGACCUUUGCCAUGACAGACACUUUCCUUGAGGGACCAGGUGCUCAAGCCAUACUCAACUUUGGUUUUGUCUUCUUUGCUAUCAUCUUUGUCGCCUUCCUUUCCAUGAUGCCCGUAAUACUGACCUUUCCGAUGGAAGUGGGCGUCUUUUACAAAGAGUACUUUAACGGCUGGUACUCCUUUAGCUCGUACUUUGUGGCAAAGAAUCUUACCAAUCUGCUGCCAGCCGUUCUUGUGCCUGUCAUUUUUGGCGCUUCUGCAUACAUGAUCACGGGGCAAAUUUGGGAACAGUGGCGAUUCUUUUACUUCAUUACCAUUCUUGUGCUUAUUGCACUAGUCGCCGAUGGUGUUGUACAGUCGAAUACAGUACAGUGGCGAAGCUAA